GAGCGGCGGCGACGAUGUAGCACAGCCACCGAGAGCAAUUAUGAUUCAUUCCACGCUAGUCUUGAAAUGGUCAAGUCGCAAAUGAAUCAUAUCUUGUGCACAGUCCGACCUGACAAAUGCCUAAGGGCCUAAGGUAUGAAACAUAAAUAAAGACAUACAAUCAGCGUAUCAAAGACAGCAGUUUGCAUUCAAUCUACUUGACAACACAGUCAAUCUAGAAAACUUGAGCUACUUCUUUUAGUCCAACCACAUCUGUUUACAGCCAAUGGUCGACGGAACAACUACUGCAACGACUACAACCACAGAAAUGCUAGGUUUGACCACCAAUACGAACACAACUACCACCCAGGAAACUGUCAGCACCAUGAAUGGAUCAGUGCGCGAGCAUUAUGGCUCUACCUUCACAUCCAUGGAUUCUUCGGAUGACGACUCGAAUUCCCUAUGUCCUGCUCUUGUACUUUUGAGCGACUCAGAAGACUCAGACAAAGGAUUCCUUUAUCCGUCUAGUGAGAGUGCUAGGAUCCGUCUACCUUCUGGUAGAACAAUAUCAAAGAAAGCGAACGGUCCUCAUACAUCAAAGCAUCGACAUCGAAGAACGCCAUCACCAAACACGAGAAAUCAUAUCCACAGUUCGAGGAAGGUCCAGGGAAAUUGUGCAUUGUUACCCAACUCGGUCACAGUAGAAAAGCCAAUGUCAGCGUUGAGGCCUAGGCAUCCACCGACUCCUCUGACGUCGGACUCAGAGAGCGAAUAUGAUCAAAUAUCAAUAACAACAACCAAUCGUGAAACUCCCAACAGCUUAUUAGCACCUCAUAUUCGCCUCGCAACCCAUCGCACUACAAUCCGCAGCUCAGAUGCGCAGAUGCUGGCUAUGCUGCCUGCAUCUACACAACGUUCUCUGUUAGCGACAACGAGAAAAGCAGUGGAGAGAGCGGGGAGAGAAGAGCAGGAGUAUAGGAGAAAGUUGGACGGAUACGGGAACCUGAAGAGUAAAGAGAGGUUUGUCAAUGAUGUGCCGGGGGGGAAGAGUCAUAAAAAUAGGUUCAUGGCGCAGUGAUAGGAGAGCGGUACGGAGGUUUCCGUGGGAUGUAAAAUGUACUGCAAACAGUUGGAAUGUAAGAUUUACGAACGUAUCUAGCCACGUGAAU